AUGAAGACAUAUCCAAAUCCACACAUAGGAGAUUUAUCUGACACGUUUGUAAGGUCAAUAAUAUUUCUUAGAAGUGCUAGGAGGGUGACUUUGGAAUCUAAUAAUGGAUUUUUUGAAAGCACAAAAUUCCAGACAGUUGAGCAGCGUAGAUUGGCAUCCGAUUCGAUUGUUAUCGAAUCAAUCUCCCAUUGUGACAAUUUGGUUGGUCUUGGUAAAGAGUUAAUGGAAUUUUUUGAAUCUUGUAAUAAUGAGUCAAUUUCUAAUGAAGAUAUAUUAGAUGAUUUGAAUUUACUUUUGAAUGAUGCCAAAAGACUUAAAACGACAAUAGAAGGUACCAACUCCAAAAUUAAAUCUCUCAAUGAAGGUAUGACAACCGUUUAUGAUAAAGGAACAGAAUUUGGCGUGAAAGAUAUGACAAAUUUAAAGUAUGAUGAUGACUUAAAAAACGCUGAAUCAAGGGAAAAAGUUUUAAAAGUAAUGAAAGGACUAACAACAACCAUGUUUAUUGUAGGCGGAAUUUACUUAUUAAUCAAAUCUGCUUUUAUAAAAAAUAAAAAAGUUCCUGAUGGAUUAAGUGGAAAACAAAUUCACUACAUGUCAGAAAGUAUACAAGAUAGCGUCUUUUCGAUAAUUUCAGUAUUAAAAAAUCUUGAAUUUUUCUGGAAUAAGAAUGCUGAUAAAUUAGAAAGGCUUAUUGAGAAAUUCGAAGUUUCCAGUGAACGUAAAUCUCGUCCCAACAAAUUAAUCCUUAGACGGCUUGAAAGACAAUGGAAGGAAACAGUCGAAGAAUGUAAAAAUAUUACACAAAGACUUGAAUUAGAAUAA